UACCUGGCAAGAACCUGACCACCUACUAUAAAAAGAUUACGGUCGUGCCUGGCGAGUCAUAUUUUCUAUAACAUUUCGUAAAAAAUGAGUCGUUUCGCAUUUCUUGUCCUCGUUUUUGUGCCGUACGUGAUGGGUCACGGUUAUCUUGCGAUCCCACCGGCAAGAAAUUCGAUGUGGAGGGAAGGGUUCAGCACGCCUAAAAACUACAACGAUAUGGGUUUAAACUGCGGUGGAUAUAGCAAUCAAUGGGACAAACAUGACGGCGAGUGCGGGUUGUGCGGGGAUCCUGUGCAGAAUUUAAUGCCACGUGACCACGAAGCAGGCGGCAUGAACGCGCCAUAUAACAGACCAAUCAGCAGGUGUUAUAAUACACGAGAUAACGUGAUGGACAUAACUGUACGAAUCACAGCCUACCAUAAAGGUUAUUUUGAAUUCCGAUUAUGUGUCAAUAACGAUAUGACGUCAGAUGAUGAAGAUUGUGCAGAAGAAGGGAUGCUAUUAACAAUCGCAGGGACCUACGGUGCAACGCGUUAUGACAUCAACAACGUGGAACAAGAGUUUUACACGUUUCAGCUAGAUAUGCCUCAGGGUAUUGUGUGUACACAGUGUAUUCUCCAAUGGAAGUACAACGCAGGAAACAACUGGGGUUGCGAUGAUGAUGAUUGUGGAAUGGGAUUCGGAAAACAGGAAAAUUUUAUCAAUUGUGCCGACAUCGCAAUUAUUCCUGACUGUAACAAUGUACCAGCCACUACAGACAGCGUGACCGUUACCACCUCGAAGGGGACAACAAACGCGCCUGUCAAAACUGAUGGUCCUACAGCACAGCCUAAUUGGGGAUGCCAAGCUCUAGGUGUUUUUGCAGGGCUCGCCUACAUGGAUGGGUGGUGCACCUUCAACUGCCUGCACCCAGCCAUUAAGAUUUGUCCAUUAACUUAUUGUUCCUGUGGUGGGGACCAAGGACCACGUACUUGGUAGUUAUUAAGCCAGAUUAAUGUAGUAAUAUGUCAUUAGUACAAAACUUUGUAUACUUAGUACUAGAACAUGUAUAUACAUGACGUG